AUGGAAAAUCAGUUUGGUGGAAACCCUGAAAAUUCCGAACAAGAUGAGUUCCUCAGCUUCCUGGAUACUAGACCUCUACAGGAGACGCCGAGCGCUGCAAUAACUCCACAGGCCAUCUUGGCGCGGUCCAGUAUUCACACUUCGAACUCGAACCUGCAGUCAGUUUCUCCCGCGUCGGUCAUGUCACCUAUAAUGCAGACGCAGACAAUGCCUGCUGCGUCGUCGUCGUCGCAGCAAGCUCUCAGUGCGGCAACAACGCCGCAGCAGGUUUUGACGCAGUCGAUCGCAUCACAGCAGCCACAACUCCAGCAACAUGGCCAGUCUCACAACCAGGUGCCAAGUGUGAGUCAAAGUGGAUCAGCCGGUCCGUCGCAGGCGUCGACUCAGGCCCCGACUCCUCAGGCCAUCCUCAGCAAUACAAACACCCUCCAAGACCCACAGCCUAAUAACACGAGUGCAAGAAGCUCGUCAGGCUUUGCUGACAGAACAGCGAUGUUUGCAGCGCUACAGCAGCGGCAGCACCAGCAGCGACAAAAACUCCAGAUGAUGCAGCAAGCCGUGUCGCGCACAGGGUCUCCUCAAGAAGCAAAUGCCAAAAGACCGUCAGUGGAGCCCCAUUCGCAGUCAUCUUCUACUGGCCAAGUACCGCAAGCACAGCCAAGCAUUCCGCCCACCAACAGCCUCCCGCCCACUCAGCAGCGGCAAGCCAUUCAAAAUCUGGAUCCUGAGGUCCAAAGACGCGUGAGUGCGGAGCUAAACAAUAAACAAUUUGAGCUAUUCAUGAAAUCUCUCGUGGAAAGCUGCAAAAGGCGAAAUGCCCCGUUGCACUCCUUCCCAGAGAUCAGAGGUCGUAGGAUUAAUCUUUUCGUCUUGUAUUCAAUGGUGCAGAAGCUCGGAGGCGGGGAAAGCGUAACCCGUCUUCAGCAGUGGCCAAUGCUGGCUCAGAAAUUGCAGCUACCUGACGAUGCUUCACAGCAAUUGGCAGCGCUGUAUUACCACCUUUUGGUCCCAUAUGAGCAGUACUUGGCUUCUCCGGAGGGUAUAAAGGAAACUCAGGCAAAAAGGCUGUUCUUACAGCAGUUUUUACAGGAACUGCUAAAGAAAAUAAUGGUCCCACAACCUAGCACCAAUUCGAACGAAGCCGUGAUGGGGGGUUUUGCCGCCGGCAUAAGAGCCGAGACGCCUGAUGCGAACAAGGUCAAAAAGCCACGGAAACCAAAAACUAAGAAGAAGUCGAAAAAAGACCUGGAGAAGGAAAUGAGACAUCAACAAGAGCAACUUCAAAAACAACAUGAAUUUCAACAAGAGCAGCAAGGUAGGCUGCUACAGGAACAAAGAGCUAAACAACAACAAGAGCAGAUGCGACUGCGACAACAAAUGGCUGUUCAACAAAGCAUCGAGUAUCAAAAAUUGCCUAAAGUUUACAAACGGUCGUUUGCCAGAAAUUACGUGCCCUCAAGUCGCGCCAUUGAAACUUCUAAUGGCUAUGACAUGAGGGCCGUCUCGCAAAUUGGUGAGAAAAUUGACGCUAACAAACCAGUUUUUUUAUUCGCGCCCGAGCUUGGUACUAUAAAUCUACACGCUCUAUCCCUAUCCCUCUUAUCUGGAUGUGUAUCAGAAGUUAACGUGGCAUUGAACACUCUAUUGGUCACAAGCGCGGAUUCGAUCCUUGAAAUACCAUUGGACCGCUUUCAAGGUUUGAUCGAUUCCUUGGCUAUCUUGGGAUGCCAAUUAUUGAACAAGCUGUGCUUAUCGGAAGGUUCUGUACAACAAGAGAAUGACAACUAUCUAAACACUAUAGAUGUCCAAAGUGCUCUUCAUGAAAAUACAAAAUAUUCAAGAGCUAACAACACUUUGGAUAAGGUGUUCAGCGCUAAUAGCAAAGAUUACUCUGACGAAGAAGUUAUAAUCAAAGUUGACUCGCUGACUGGCGUGGAUUUACAGCAGUCUGUCCUAACCCCAGAAUCCACUCCCACGGAUGACUUUAAUUCUGAAGACGAUGACCGACAAUCGAAGGAAAAAGACAGUUUUAAUGAAAAGAGCUGGCACUAUUUGCCCGAAGCACUUUGUCUCUCGGACGACAUAGAGAACUGCAAACUAAACGUUCCGAGCUAUCUAAGCUCUUUGCGAGACAUUCGUGAUGAGGUUGAUACCCUGUUUACUAAGGUCAAUACCCGAGGUGCUGAAAAUUAUCAGCUUAUGGUAGUAGAUCAGCUGUCAACGAUUUCAAUGAUCGUACGGAAUCUUUCUUUCCGCGAAGCCAAUACUUCUCCCAUUGCAACUAAUACAUCUUUUAAGCGGUUUUUAAACGAUUUGAUCUGGUGCUUAUUCUUACGAAGCGAUAAGUUUCUAUUCCAUCGGAAAUGUCUGAACUUUAAGAAGGACAUGAUCAUCACAUUAGCCAACGUGUCACACCUACUGCAGGUUGAAGAUCACGUCACGACAUGUCUUUUGAUAUUUUUGAUUUUAAGCUUUUCUGAAGGGAAGGGCCUUGCGAAAGCAGAUGGAAUAGAGCCAUUAGAAUUCUCAGAGUAUCCAGUCAAGCUGAGCAAUUAUCAAACACUUGGAGUAGAUGUGCUAGCAAAACUACUUUCAUUAGGAUACCCUAACAGGCUUUUGUUCAAAGCCGUUUUUUUACAACAAUUCGAAACAGACCCGCAUUCGCAAGAUGUAAUCACUUGCAAGAAACUAAUAGCACUCUACGAAGCCACUGCUUCUCAAAAAUACCAGGGCUUUUCCCUUUUGCAUGAUACAUUUGCUUCCCUUGUAUCAAUAAUUCCAUUUCAACAAUUGAAUAUAUCCCCAAACUUAAUUGAAGAAGUUGGUCCCACAAUUUCUCAAGGAGUGACCGCCUUACUCUCGCUAGCGCGCUUUUGCCGCAAAGACAGCCUGCCGAAAGGCGCCCCAAACAUGCCCCUACUUUGGUUGACCUCUGAAGAAAAUGUAGGAUCGAGUUUGCGUCGCCUAAGUGAGGCUCUGUCUAAUCUGGGCAUACACACUAAUAAUAACUUGAGCCAUUUGAAGAACCUUUUCCAUUUCAUUAGUGCUAAAUGUCUUCAGCUAGUUACUUCACUAAUCGAGCAAGCUUUAGACCUAGCGGACGAACGUGCAGCUGGCGACCAGGCCACAUACCGAUCAGCACUUGAGAGCCUGAAUGGGGUAGCUAAUCUUUUACCUUCGGAGCAGAACCUAUUCACUCUGCUGACCAAUCCCAUGGCGGAUUAUAUGGUCGCGAGAGAAACGGGUGAGCUUCAUCGCUUAAGAGCUCGAAUUUUAAGUGACAGCGAGAGCCUAUUCAUUGCAAAUGAAGAAAAUACGAAUUUUAGGAAUAAAAGUCGCGAUGAGUAG